AACCUUUAAUGAUUUAAGCAGUAAGUGUUGACGUAAAGAAUAUUAAAACUUUACGAUUUAAGCAGUUGGCUCUUUUCGAAAACGUUACACAGGAGCAGGGCGGAUCGCAGCGCCACAAUUUUUGCUAGAUAUAUGUACUAAUAUUCAUACUGAUUCUGAGAAGAUGUCAGGGAAUUUGGAUGAUAUCUCCUCAAUACUUGAUACUUCAAAGGCGGAGCGUUCAGUAUGGCUUAUGAAGUGUCCUCAGGUUGUUGCUCGGGCUUGGAAAGAAUAUGGUGAUGCAGGUCAACCAUUAGCCAAAAUAACUGUCUCUGUUGAUCCACUAAAGACAAAUGAUCAAUCGGCUGAAGUAAAGAUUGUCAUUUUUUUGCAGGUUGUAGAUCCAACAGCACCUGCUAACAUACGUAAAAAGGCUGAAGCACAUGAGACAUCUUCUACUGCUAACCCAAAAAAGUCAACUCGGAACAAUAAAUCAGAGUUUAUGAUGGAGUUGAUGGCAAAUGGAUCUGUAACUGCACCAAAGAGCUAUUCCUUAAACAUGUCUGCUGAUAUUGUCCCUAUGUGUAUUUUAACAGAGACAAGUCAAGGCAAGGUAGCUAUUGAUGGGAAAGUUGAACACAAGUUCGACAUGAAGCCCCACAAUCAAAAUAUUGAAGACUAUCGCAAGUUAUGUCGUGAGAGAACAAACAAAUCUAAUUUCAAGACAAGACAAAUUCAGAUGAUAGACAGUGACCGUGGAGGAGGUUACAAUCCAAUGCAAGGGAUGAUGGAUUUUUCAUCAUUUAAUUCGAAGGACAGAAAGGGUGCUGCUGCACCACUUAAAACCCAAGAAAUGAAGAGAACUAGAAUGGAUAGAAAUGAGCUAGAGAACAUUCUAUUCAAGCUUUUUGAGCGGCAAUCUAACUGGACAUUGAAACAACUUGUAACAGAGACAGAUCAGCCUCAGCAAUUUAUAAAGGAGAUACUAAUGGAUCUUGGCAAUUACAACAAAAGGGGUGCCAAUCAAGGAACUUAUGAACUAAAACCUGAAUACAAGAAGACUGCUGAAGACAUGGAGGCGGAUUAGUUCUUUGACAUUUGGAAAAGGAAUGUCCAUGUAUAAUUGCAAGGUUGUUUGCAAUGGCACACUUUUUAGAAUUCAAAACCAAGCAUGGAAAGGGGUGCUUGUUUGGAAAGGGAUUAUAUGUUGGAGAAACAAUAUACUAUGUGAAGGAGAAAGAUUCCAUGUAUUGAUCUACAUAUCUAGUAUUUCACUGCAAUUACAGCAGGAAAUAAUUUGACAUCCAAUUGUAUAUAUUUAGAACUCUAAUCUACACCAAGUAAAUUUUGAUUAAAUUAUUUACUCACUGUACAUUUUAGAUAUUUGUCAGUGAGAUUUAGAAUAAGCCAGUGAUUUAAAUAAAUGGUGGUGACAUUGUGCUAUGUAUCCUUAGGGAAUGAAGGUGCUGGGGCCAUAUUGGUCUUUAUUUUUUUCAGAGGCAAUAGCAAAAUUUGCAUUCGAACUU